AUGCUCUUGCCUUUGGAAAGCACUCACGCCUGUCAGCUGUGCGACUGCCCGCCUGCGCGCCGCACGCUGCUGUACCGCCUCUCCCUGGCCGAGCUUGAAGACUUGCUGCUUGCUGCAGGGGAUGGCCGCACUGAGGGGCCACGCGAGGGGCGGGCAGGGAGUGGCAACGGGGGGAGCGAAAGUAGUGGAGAGGGGCGGAGCGAGGGGGGGAAGGGGAGUGGAGGGGAGGGGGGUGUGGGUGAUGGACGGGGGAAAGCAGCAGUGGAGGAGGUGGUGGUGAAGGCCGAGAGCAGCAGGGCAGCAGCGGGAGGCAGCAGCAGCAGCAGCAGUGGCAAGCAAGCAGGGGAACAUGCGAGCGGGCAUGUAGGCGCGCACAGGGGCGGGCAUGCGAGCAGCAGCGCCCCGCGUGCACCCAUCACGUACUCUCGCCGCGCCAGCGCUGCUUCUGUGAGCAGCCCGCCCGUGUGCGGACUCACCAGCAUUGGCAUCAAGGUGCUCGCCGGGGGGUACGGGGGGGGGAGGGAUGUGAAAGAGGAGGCGAAGGGCGUUGGAGGGGGAGCAGGGGGUGGGGUUGGGGGUGAGAGUGAGGGUGGGGAUUCCGUGCAAGGCAAGGGCAGUGGUGGUGGUGGUGGUGAGGCGAAUGGCGCUGGUGGUGUUGGUGGUAGUGGUGCUGCAGUGUGUGACAGUGACACUGACCUUGCUGCCACCAUGCCAUGCCGUGACAGCCGGGCAUGUGCUGGCGUGGACCAAUCAGCACAGCCUUCUUCCGGUGAGGCGGGCAUGCGUGAGGGGCAGGUGGAGGGGCGCGUGGAGGGGGGCGUUGAGAGACGCGUUGGUGUGAUUGUGAAGCAAGAAGGGGUGGAGGGUGGGAGUGGUAGUGAUGGUGUGGUGGAGUCAGCAAGCAAGGGGGGCGUGGGGGAGGCGGUGUGCAAGGAACCAGGAGGAGAAGACAGAGAUAGGGGUGGAAGAGGAGUUGACGGAGAGGGAGGAGGACAAGGGGAAACAGGGCAGUGCGAGGCAGAGAGCAGUGGUGUGCGACGAAGCAGCCGCCGAGCUGCCGCCGCCGCUGCUGCUGCUGCAGCAGAAGCGGCAGCAGCAGGUGCAGAAGAAGGUGGGGAGAGCGUGAAGGAGGAGCAGAGCAGCUAUGCUGCUGGCAUGGGUAGAGUAGGAGGGUCGGAGAAGAUUCGGGCAGGGAAGGGAGCAUCUGAUGGACUUGGGAGUGCAGAGGCGGAGAUGGCGGAGUGGAUGCAGGGCAGGGCUGCAGGGGGGAGCGGGGGAGGGGGGCACGGGGGCGAGAUGGUGCAGGCGGAGGAGUUUUUGGACAGGUGUCGGGCGGGCAGUGGCGGGGGGUGGGUGGCGCAGCAGCGGCGGGUGCAGGGGCGCAUGAUGACGCACGGCGAGUGGGCGGCGCAGUGGGCGUCGCGGGGCAAGGUGGCGCUGCGCUCACCGCCCACCGUAGAAGCAGCGGUGGCGCUGGUGCAGCAGGCGCAGGAGUUCCUGUGGGCGGGCCAUGAGGUCGAUGCCGCGCGGCGAGUGCACGACAGGGCACUGGCAGCGCUCACAUGGGCGCACGACGUGGCCGCGUGCUGCGGCCAAACGCUGCCCGCUGCUGCUGCCGCGCCACCUCUCAUUGCCUGCUCCUCCAGCCACCCGCUGCUGUCACUGCCGCCCUCUGCUUCACCCGCUGCUGCCGGGCCAAGCCACGCAGCACGAGGGGCGGGCAGCAGCGGCAGCGGAGGGGGCGGGAGGAGGAGGGGGCUGUGUGAGGUGCAGAGGCUGCUGGAGGCGGCCGCCUCGGACGUGCCCUGCAUUGAGCCGCACUAUAAGACGCUCAAGGUGUGUGCACGGGUGCUCAGUGGUGCAGUUGCUGAGGGGCGUGGCCCUGUGCUGUACCGCGACGCCCUCGCCCUGGACCAGCGCAUUCGCCUCGCGCUGCACGCCAAGCCGCCACUCGAGGCGAAGGAGCUACAGGCGUUGCAUGCAGAGGCGGCAGCAGGCACGGUGGACAUCCCUGCAGCCGCCAAGCUCAAAGACGCCCUCCUCGCCGCCCAGCACUGGGUGGAGGCGGUGCAGAGAACGGUGCCGCGGGGGAAGCCACCUCGAGCAGCGGCACAUGUCCCUCUGCCCGACCUGCCCUCCCUCGCCAUGCUGCACUCGCAGGCGAAGGAGCUACAGGCGUUGCAUGCAGAGGCGGCAGCAGGCACGGUGGACAUCCCUGCAGCCGCCAAGCUCAAAGACGCCCUCCUCGCCGCCCAGCACUGGGUGGAGGCGGUGCAGAGAACGGUGCCGCGGGGGAAGCCACCUCGAGCAGCGGCACAUGUCCCUCUGCCCGACCUGCCCUCCCUCGCCAUGCUGCACUCGCAGGCGAAGGAGCUACAGGCGUUGCAUGCAGAGGCGGCAGCAGGCACGGUGGACAUCCCUGCAGCCGCCAAGCUCAAAGACGCCCUCCUCGCCGCCCAGGUAUAG